AAAGCCAGUGCGGCGGCUGGUGCAAGCACGGGUACGAGUGACAAGAAGAAGCGAGCGCAUGUGCCAGACCUCUCGACUGACGCAGCUCCAAAAAAGGCGGCCCGAAAGGCCAAGGCCAAAUCGAAAGCCAAAGCGAAAGCGCAGGCAUUGCAGUUGGAUGCAGAGACCACACAGGACCUGCAAGGUUGCAUCGACUUCAACGUGGCAGAAGUAGGCUGUAGUGAGCAGGACCAGGCGCAGAGCGCUAAGGGCGGUGCUAAGGAGACGGAUGCAGAGGGACACGGGCAGGGCUCUCGACAAAGGCUGUGGUUGGACGACUUGCUGAGUGCUGUCGAAAGGUGCCUGACAGGCCCCUAUGCCUUGUUCAAGAAUUCGCCAGCCACAAAGACAAUGCGAGCGGUAGUCCUUUCCCUCGGGUUGGAGUUCGCUUGCUCCGGCACGGUGGUGCUCCGCAAAAAGCCGCUCAAGGUGUGGUCACAGGUCCGUCCGGCUUUGCAGAACAUGUUCGUGGCUGCCCUCACGGAAAGCCAGCAGCAGCAGACCUUGUCUAGUGGACUCGACAUGCAGCAGGUUUUGCAGAAAAUGAUGUCAGAGGUGAGCUCGGGAUCAGCUGGACGGUUGACUGGCGCGCCGUCCCAGGUCGUUCAGCCAGACUCAGUCAAGCAAAUUCUGCAUGACAAGCGCAGCUGUCAGCUGUGCAAGGAUUUCCUUGUGACCAACAGCUCGCCGGAGGUCUCGAAGCACCCCGCUUUCGCUGCGUGCUUGAGUAAGGUUCGAGCUGGCUUCUGCACUUGCCCACGGACAAAGGACGAUUGGAACCCCAACUUGAAGUGUGACUUUCACGAUUCUCUGCACACGGUGCAGGAUAUGGUUUGGCAUUUUACCAAAUUGAUGGAGACUGAGGCGGUCAUUGAUGAUUCCGUGCCAUCGCUUGGGGCGGCUGCGAUGGUCGUGGCAUCCAAGCUGGCACAGGAAGAGAUCCUGGCAGAGAUUGGAAAAGAUGCCAGCUUUUUGGUGUCGAAGAAGGAGGCUUCCAACCACGGGGAGGUUGUGACCUUGAAUGACAGCAUCAUUGCCACCCUCAUUACUUCUCGAGCGAAGUAUAUGUUGACGUGCAUGAAGGUCAUGAUGGUCAUUCCAGACACUCGAACAGAUGCCAGGGACAAGGGGUCGGGAUCAAAAGAGCCGGUUUUGGUUGAAUUCGAGGAUUUGGGUCCCAACUCCGUCCGGGCUCUCUACGACAUCAUUUUGCAUUUGUGCAAGGACGGGCAAGAAUAUAUAAUGGAGUUGGAGACACGAUUCCUGAUGCAAAACCAGAAUAUGGACGGUGUCAACACGUGGGCUGCGAUGUGGAUCCAAGUGUUCGAACGGGCCUUGACAACGCGGCGCAAAAUGCUGCGGACCACGGAGCAAAAGGAUCGUGACAAUGAGAAGGAAGGUGCACCGUGUCCAGAGCACGUGUUAGCAAGAAAGCUGCUGCCUCCACCUUCAUCGGUCAUCACCAAGUCGUUUUGGAAGAAUGCCAAGAGCCUCUUGAUGGAAGGCGGCAGUGUAGAAGCAGAAAUCAAGGAAGAGGUUUCUGCGGGAUCGAUCCCGCAAGGGACACACCAAGCCGAAGCAGUAGACUCAAGUGCUUCGGCGACUACGAUUCAACCGCAGCUUCCGUUUUUCCAAACCAUCUACACGGCUUGCUCGGCUGCAGACUUCGGGACUAAGAAGACCGGGGACAAUGGCUUCCAUGUUUUGGAUGUGCUUGCGAUCCAGGCUCAGCUCCAACUGCACAUUAUCUCUUUGGCUGCGUAUCUCGUUGAACUUUCCAGGUUUAGUUGUUUGCGCGAGUCUACGAAUUCACUGCAGCUGUAG